AUGACUGCCGAGCUUCCUUCGAUCAAUAGUACAACAAGCAUCUCGGAUAAUGUUGACCUGAGGAACUACUAUGACAACCUGUUGUUCAAAAACGGCAGUGGCAAAUCACUCACGGACUUGCCUAGGAAGGCGGCAGCCGCCGCCUCCGGCGUGCCACCUUCGGGGAAGAGCGCUCACGCUUUGAGCAACGAAGUUAUGGCAGGCAGCGAGGCCGGGAACAACGAAAAGGGUGAGAAAAAGAUUGAUUUUAUAACCGGUUUCGAGAAUGCGCAUGGAAUGCGGUCUGUCGCAGCUCAUGGACCGCCUUUCACGUCUUUGCAGAUGACGCCAUCGAACUCCGAGCCUAUACCGCUUUCGGCGACGCCGCCGCUGAUGUCUUCGCAUGGUUUGUUACGUCCUUCACAGCAGAGCUUCUUUAAUGUUUCCAAUCAGACCCCAGUGGUAUACCAGUCUAGUGAGCCUGCAAACGUCCUGCCGUUCUCGUUUAAUUUUGAUAGAAAUAAUGAACAACAGGCCUACUACUCGAACAACCUGGCCCAAGGUUUUACGUCAAACUCAAUGAUGCCACCUAUGGGCUCUUCUCAGACACAGUUUGUGGAGCAGCAACAGGCAAAUUUGCAAGGCGAUCUGCUGUUGCCUCAAGGUCAGUUCCAUUCUCAGCAGCCGCAUUCCGGGACAAGGAGAUCGUCUUACAUCUCAGAUACACUAAUACAUGGUCAUCUGGGGUCGCUUCCAAACCCAGAGACUGUGAGUGCGAUGAAUGGCCAGGUGAUGAAACCCGCUGGCUUUUCAGCUUCUGCAAGUGAGAUGGCUCCGCCAACUACAGCACCCGCUGCACCAUAUAAGAAUAUGAUACCCCAGCAUUAUCCUCCUCGGAGAAAUACGCAACCAGUAAGCUCCAUAGGAUCUUCUACGAUGCCUUUUAGCCCACCACAUCUAGCCAACAGCAACGUGAGAAACAGAUACUUGAGCCAUUCGAAGCAGCAACAGCAGCCACAUCACGCAAAACCACUUGCAAGAGAAGAUUCGAAGGGAGAGGUGCUUUUGGAGAACGGGUUACUUCUUGUCAAUGCACAUCAAAUUGUUUCUUCUCCUGAUCUGCAGGCGCUUUACGCGGAUUGUGGUGGAAAUUAUUUCUCAAGCCGCCAAGUCUACGAAUUUGCCGACCGCAUUAAAUCAAUGAUGCGACCUACCAAUGGCUCUUAUGAAAGCAAGAAAUCUCAGGCGAUCGCCAAAUUUUUAACAUUUUUGAAAAGCUGUAACUUGAACUAUAAUCCUCAAUCCGAUGCGUUCAUGUCGGAGAAGCGGUUCUCGAAGAGCCCCAUUGAGCGCAAGGCAGGCCUACCUGAGGACAGCAACCAUGGUGGGAAGCAAAGCCCCCCCGAGAAAAGGUCCGGUUCCACUUCGUCAUACUUGCACUACAAGCCGCUUGUGCUAGUGGCUCUGAAGAACGGUAAAUUAGAAUUGCUGUCAACCCCGCAAAACACCAACAUUUUAAUGAAGCGGGACGAUUUGGUCAUUAUCGAUGGUGACCGUGGGAAAGAUCUCGCGCUUGUCGUUGAGCCCUCCGUGGAUCUCGACUUGGCAUUGUUCAUCAAUUUUUUGAAGAAGAAAAUCCAUUUCGAUUCGUUGAUCACAACUAAAUCCCAGCAUCAUGCAAACGGCACGUUUAUCGAGGCACUGAUAGAUUCUACCAAGGGCCAAAACGAGAUACUGAACUCCAAACUGUAUGACGUGAUAGAGCUUACUCAGUUGAUAGUUCCUUCAAAGCAGGUUCUUCGGUUUGCCACCCCUUGGGAGGUCACAACCAAUCUUCACAACAAGUUCCAGGAUGAACUGAAAGCUCUCCACAUUGCACAACUCAAGCUCAAGUCUCUGAACAGCGGGUUCUCGCACCACCACCACAGCGUCAUGAGCAACGGCGCGGCGCCUGCUGGACAACCAGCGAACCGGCCGCAGUUGAAUAUCAAGAUCCUCAACGCGGAGUUCCAAUUCGACAGAAAAAAAUUGACUUUCUACUACGUGUGCGAGGAGAGAAACGACUUCAGGGAGCUAAUCAAGGAACUGUUCAAGUUCUACAAGACGAGAAUCUGGCUAUGCGCGAUUCCCAACAACCUGGGGAUUGACGCCAAGUACUACGACGCGCAGCGCAAGGAGCUCAAGAUGUACCAAGACAUGAUGCAACACUACGCGACCGACGAUCUCGCGGACGCCAACGCGCAGCAAGGCGGCGGCUUCAUCAUCGCGCCUCCGCUGAACAAGAUAGAGCUGGACAACUUCCAAAUUGGCGUGUACAACGAGCUAGUCGACGAAUUGUUUAGUUCGUAA